AUGGAUGCUGAGCGCGAACGCAUUGAGCGCGCCCGCGCCAAGAACCUCGCGUACAUCCAGCAACAGGAUGAGCGCAAGGCUUCUCGAGCGGCGGACGAGCUCUUGUCCUCCGCGCUCGGCGCUGCCAAGCGAUCUACACCAGCGUCGAAAGGCAACAGCAGCGUCUACAUAACGGGGCUCACAACGUACAUGGCGUGCAGACAACUUGAGGGUGUGUGCAACAAACUGGGCAAGGUGCGGCGUAUCAAGUUUUACAAAGACGCGAAAGGAGGCCUCAAGGGCGACGCAGUAGUGACCUUCAGUUCGCGAGCCGCAAUGCUCAAGGCCGUUGACAGGCUAAAUCAUUUCGAAGUCAAGCCGGGAGUCGUCAUCACGUAA